UCGCUACUUUAUUAAUUUACUUUGGUGUUAUUAGUAAGCAAAAUUGUGCUACGAAAUAGCAAUCCCUGGUAUAUAUAUAUACUUUGGGUUCGUGAGUUCAGCACAGCUUUUACAAUCAUUGGAGAUAAAAUAGCUUGUCUAUUGGUUUUUACAAUAUCAAACUGUAAAUAUUUAAAAAUAUUUAUCGAAUAUUCAAUAGUAAUGGAAUCAGGAACGGAGUCCGUUUGGCAACAUGAAUAUAAACAUCAAAUAGAUCGCCUAUGGCAUUUGAUUGUUGAACAAAUGUUUACCGACUGCAGUUUUGUUUUUGAAGAUCCAGAAGGAAAUAAAAAAAUAGUUUUAGCUCAUAAACUAAUUUUGGUAGCGGCUUCACCCGUAUUUCAGCAAAUGUUUUAUGGUCCGAUGGCAGAAAAAGAUGGUACAAUUGUUAUAACUGACAUUAAUGUUAUAACUUUUCAAAAUAUGAUAGAAUUCAUUUAUACGGAUUGCAUUAAUUUUGACACAGUGGAAAUGGCUUGCCAGUUAUACUAUGCCGCAAAGAAAUAUAUGUUAAAACAUUUAAUGGAAGCAUGUGUUAUAUUUUUGAGUGCAAAUGUAAAUCUACAAACUUUUAGCCAAAUUUAUGAAUUUUCUGAAUUUUACGAUGAACCAAGUUUAAAGAAGGAAUGUUCGGAGUUUCUUAUAGCUGACGCUAAAGAGGUUUUGACUGAUCCCAAUUUUACUGACAUUAAAAUGUCCACAAUGCUGUUCAUUUUGGAUCAUGAUAAAUUAAAACAUGUAACUGAAUUGGAUUUGUUUAAUGCUUUAGAGCGUUUAGCCACUAAAAAGGGACUAUUACAAAAUAAAGCUACGCAGAAUGCAGAACAGACCAAUGAUAUGUUGUUGCUAAAAAAAGCCAUCAAAAAAAUACGUUUUCUUACUAUGACACCAGAAACGUUUGCUAAUGGACCAGCACAUUCUAAACUUUUGGAAAAACAAGAAACUUUGGCCAUUCUUAUUAAACUAAGUAGUCCAUACAAUCAGAAUUAUAAAUUACCGGAAGGAUUUACCGAUUCUCUUACCAAAAGGACAAUGAUCUUUUUAACUAGACCAUCACGGUAUUGUUAUGCGUAAUCCUAGUCUACUAACUCUACAAACGAAAUUACAUUUUAUUAUUGUAUUAGUUUACACUUGUGUAAAAAAUUUUAAUUAAUUAAUAAUAAUUAAUUUAGUUUUUCAA